AUGAACUGCCUCAUACGAACGACUCGAUUCACGAGGCACAGGGCUAUGCUGCAGGCCGUAGCACCAUCAUCACCGCAAGCCAGCAGGGGUAUCGAAAGCGAAGAACGCGAUCCCAAGUCCUUUCUGUGGCUUAAGACGCACAACUACCAGGACAACCUCAAGGCCCUGGAGAGCACCCGGUUCAGGCGGCCGGCGACGGGAGACUUCCAGUACCUGGAAGUCGGAUGCGGACCGGGCAACUUCACGACGGAAGUCCUCCUGCCUCGACUGCGUCCCUGCCGACGCCUGGUGGCCACCGACAAGUCUGCGGCCAUGGUGGACUACGCCAGCUCGCGCUUCCGACAACCGGACCUCGUAUACGACGUCUUGGACGUCGACUGCGACGCCCGCGACGAGGUGGACGGCGCCAAUCGCAUCGUGGAGGCGUACGGACUGUUCGACCGGGUGUACUCGUUCAUGACUUUCCACUACGUGCGAGACCUGGCGCGGGCGUACCGCAACGUGCACUCGUGCUUGAAGGAGGGCGGAGAGUGCCUCACGGUGUCGUUCGCGGGAUCGGUGAUCACUGACGUGUGGUACAGGCUGUACAACUCCAAUAAGUGGAGGCACCUCCUGCCUUCCUAA